AUGAUCUUCAUCGUGCGGAUGGUGAAUGUGUUGAACCAGUCUGGAAGCUAUUGGCUUGCAAGUAACUUCAUGUGGAAAUGGCUCCUCCUGCCCUUUUCGGCACACUGGGACAUUCUACCUGCAUAUUUGGUACUUCCUCUAAUUCUUUUUGUGAUCUGGAUGAUCAGCAAACCUUCUUGGUCAAGCUUCUUUCACGUGGUCCUCAAUGUGAAAGAUCCCUCAAUGGCACUAAGUAUUGUCCAAUGGCUUUUGCCCGUCUAUUUCUUCUACAUGUUUGCUGCUCUGCUGGACUCAAUCUUCUACGGCUUUGGCUUCACUGACCAGCUUGCGUUGGUGUCCAUCAUUACCAACGUUGGGCGGCUGACCCCCGGGUCAGCCUUUCUCUUGUAUUCGCUCCAGGUCUAUACCUUAUCGCAUCGGUGCUGUACCUCUUUGGUGCUGGGAUUGUCGUUGGCUGUCCCGUGCGCAUGCAUUUUUCUACUACAGCCUUUUUCCCGGCGACGCAACGGUGAACUUGCUCGGAAGUAA